AUGCAUUUGAACAUUAUUGCUCUAAUUUUGGAAUCUUUAAGCAUAGACUCCACUCCCCUGGAAAGCAACUUUCUUCAAACAAUUGGAGCUGUGCCUUCUCUCAAGUCUUUAUCAUUAUCGAAUUGUGGACUCAAUGGCACCUUACCUACCCAAGGAUUUUGUGAAUUGACGCAUCUUCGAGACGUUGAUAUCAGCUAUAAUAAUCUAAAGGGUAAUUUGUCGGAAUGCUUCUCCAACUUCACGUCCCUUGAAAAUUUAGAUCUCUCUUCCAAUCAAUUUUCUGGUAAUAUAUUUUUCCUUAAGAGUCUAACGUCCCUCAGCACGUUGACACUUUCAAAUAAUAACUUUCAAAUCCCGAGCUCAUUAGGACCCUUCUUCAACCUUUCAAAGCUCAAGUAUGUCUAUGCAGACAAUAAUUCCAUAUAUGCUGAAACCGAGAUGCAUCAUUUGAGCCCAAGAUUCCAACUGAAUAGCAUCAGUUUAUCUUGUUGUGGAGAUGUUGGAUCAUUUCCUCAAUUCCUCUAUCAUCAACAUGACUUGCAGUUUGUUGAUCUCUCUAACAUCUAUUUCAAGGGAGAGCAGUUCCCAGGUUGGUUGUUGGGAAACAACAAGAAAUUACAGUCACUAAUUCUCAUAAACAACUCCCUAUCGGGACCUUUUCGGCUACCAUUCGCUUCACAUUUGGAUUUAUCAGGUUUAGAUGUCUCCAUCAAUUUCUUCAAUGGUAGCAUCCCAACAGAAAUUGGAGCAAAACUACCAUCGUUAACGUUUCUGAACAUGUCAAAAAAUUGUUUUGGCGGUAGCAUUCCGGCUUCCAUCGGUGAUAUGAAUUCCCUACAAUACUUGGACUUGUCUAACAAUCAAUUGUCAGGUGGAUUGCCCGAACACUUCGCCAUGGGCUGCUCCUUAUUAAGGGUCCUUAUAUUAUCAAAGAACAGACUGCAAGGCCAGAUUUUCUCUGUAAAUUUUAGCCUGACAAACUUGAGAGAGUUGCAAGUGGAUGGGAAUAACUUCUCUGGAAGCAUCCCAGAUUGUUUGUCUAAUUGCUCAUUUUUGUCAAUAUUGGAUGUUAGCAAUAAUCAACUCUUUGAUGAGAUACCAAGAUGGAUGGAGAAUUUGUCAAGAUUGUCAAGGUUAGAUUUAAGCAAUAACGCAAUUUUUGGUGGGAUACCGAAGUGGAUGGGGAAUAUGUCAAGUUUGGAAGAAAUUAUCAUGGCAAAUAAUCAUCUUGGAGGUUCAAUCCUCGUGGAGUUUUGCCAGCUCAAUCUUAAACUUAAACUUCUGGACCUUUCAGCUAACGACAUCUCUGGGAGUCUACCAUCUUGUUUCAGCCCUUUACGGAUUAGUCAAGUUCAUUUAUCUAAAAACAAGCUACAAGGGCAGCUAACAAAUGCAUUUCGUAACAGCAAUCUUUUGGUGACAUUAGACCUCAGCAAUAACCACUUAACUGGAAACAUUCCAAAUUGGAUUGGCAAGCUUUCUCAAUUGAGUUAUCUUCUCCUAAAUAACAACCAUUUUGAAGGUGAGAUUCCAAUUCAGUUAUGCAAGCUGGGUCACUUAAGCUUGAUUGAUCUUUCUCACAAUAAUCUUUCUGGUAUUAUUCCCUCUUGCUUGAAGAUUACAACACUGAACGAUGUAUCUCAAGAUUAUGUCCAUUAUGUCACUACUGUUGCCCGAGUUAAUACUUCUUUCUCCACUGAAGAGCCAAUAGAGUUCACAACGAAAAACAUAUCCUACUCUUACAAGGGAAAAAUCCUUACAAUCCUAUCUGGAAUUGAUCUCUCUUGCAACAAGUUGACUGGUGAGAUACCCCACAAAGUCGAAAACUUCCUGAAGAUUUUUGCUUUGAACUUAUCUCACAACAGUUUGACAGGACCAAUCCCAACAGCACUUUCUAAGCUUAGGCAAAUUGAGAGUCUAGAUCUUUCUUACAACAACUUGAGCGGGAAAAUCCCUCCUCAACUUGUGGGGUUAUCUUUCUUGUCUUUUUUCAGUGUGGCAUACAAUAAUUUAUCUGGAAGUACACCUGAAAGGACCGCACAAUUUGCAACAUUUGAAGAAAGCAGCUACCUGGGAAAUCUUUUU